AUGAGUAACACAACAUGCACAAAUCAAAAUCUCAAUGUUAAACAUGUUGCCACCUUAUUCGAAGAAGUUCAAAAUCGCUAUGUGAAAAAAUUGACAAGUAUUGAUGAGAAACAUAUUGCAGUUGAUGACCGUCAUAAGCAAAAAUUAGCUGUUUAUGAAAGUUAUGUAAAAGAUUUAUCAAUACAAACACGUUUACUCUUACAAAGUCUAGACGAACUUGAAAAAGAAGCUAAUCAACGUGUUGUUUUACUUGAAAAUAAAUUAAAAAAAGCUCAUGUUUCUUUACAACAACAUCAUCUAUCAGAUGUAUCGAAGACGGUUGGCAGUGUUGAAUCUGAAAAAUGGAAAUUAAGUCAUGAAAAUCUUGAUUUAAAACAUGAUUUAGAUUCAUUAACAUCAUUUAUUAAUGCAGCUAAACGAACAGGUAAAUGGGAUACAAAACGACUUCAAUUAAAAACUGUUCCAUUGGAUUCUAUUAUUGGUGUAACAAAUUAUGAACUAUAUAAUACAAUUCCAUUACAUAAAGAAAUUCAAUAUCGUGAUGAACGUAUACAAGUAUUACAAGCUGAAAUUGAACAACUUAAAAGAGCUCAAGAUGAAUUAGCUAAACAAGUAACUAUUUCAUUAUUUUCCAUUUAUAUAUGUACAACUGUAUUUAUUAAGGCAUCGAAUAAACAUACUCCAUAUAUGGGAGAUGAUGACACGAAAGGACAGAAUAUGGUUCUUUUAAAAAAAGUUGAUGAUCUUCGUGCAAAACUUGCUGAAGAAUGUCAAAAAACUGAAACAUUUAAAAUGGAUAUACGUCUUAAAACUAAUGAAUUAAAAGAAAUUCAAGAAGAAUUAAAACAAAAUAAACAACGUUCUGAAGAACAUAUACAUGAUUUAUCAACAAAAUUAAAAACAAUAACAGAUCGUCAUCGUGAAUCAACUGCAUCACUUAAUAAUGAUAUUAAAACAAAAAAACAACAAAUUGAACAAUAUGUACAACAGAUUGAACAAAUUGUAAAUGAAAAAAUUCAAUUAGAAAAUGAACGUAGUGAUUUACAACGACAAUGUCGUGUUAAAGAUUCAAUAACAGCUGAUUUAGAAGGACAAAUUCGUAAUCUUGAGCGAGAAAUAACAUCGAAUAAUUAUCCAACUAUUCCAAUUCAACCUAUUGAAUCAACUGUGUCAAAAGCUGAGUAUGAAAAACUUGAUCAGGAAUUAAAUUCAACGAAAAAACGAAUGGAUGGACUUCUAUCUGAAAUUAAAAUGAAAGAAUCAUUAAAUAAUAAACUUGAACAAGAUCUUCGAUUUCUAAAGAAAAUUCAUGAUGAACAAUUAGAACAACAUUUUCAAUCAAGUACAACAGAUGCUGAACAAUUACAUACAGAUAUUCGAGCAUUAAAACGUUUAUGUGAAGAAAAAGAUGAUGAACUUGAUAAACAAUCCUCAGUCGUACGUACAUAUCAAGAACAAUUAUCUGUUGAACAAAAUAAAAAUGCUACAAUUGAAGAUGAACAACAACAAUUACGUGAUACAAUUCAAUUAUCAAAUGAACAACUUGAAAAAGUUCAACAUACAUUACAAGAAGCUUUAACGAAUAAUGAACAAUUAGAAUAUACAAUCAGUGAUUUAAAUUCACAAAAUAAUCUACUUGAAACAAAAUUAUUUGAAACAAUGUCAUUAGUUGAUUUACGUAAUAAAACAUUAAUUGAUUAUGAACAAGAAAUGGAAAGAAUCAAAGCUGAAUUAAUACAAAAACAUAAAGAAACUGUUGAUAAACAAUCUCAUAUUGAUGAAUUAGAACAAAUUGUUAUUGAUAAAACAGGUGAAGUUGCACAAUUAUCAGAAACACUUGAAACAGGUCUUGUUAAAAGUCAUCAUCGAGAAAAAUUUGCUGAAGAUAAUGCAACAAAAGCAUUACAUGAUAUUAAAGUUUUACAACGAGAACUUCGUCAUGUAUCAAAAGCAUUAGCUGAACGUGAACAAACCAAUGCAACACUGAAUGAACAACUUCAACAAUUAACUAAUGAAUUUAAAUUAAAACAAGAAGAAUUUCAAAAGACACAAAAAGCAUUAACUAAACAAUUAUCAAUUAAACAAGAACAACUUGUACGUUAUGAUCAAAAUCUUCAUGAUAUAGAAAUAAAAUCUAAAUAUGCGAAAGAAGAAUGUUCAAUACAAGAAAAAGAAAUUGUUCGUUUAAAUAAUGUUCAAGAAGAACAAGAAAAUCGUAUCAAAACAUUACAACAAGAUUUAUUAAAUGUUCAAGAACAGAAAGAAACAAUAACUAUUCAAUAUGAACGUUCGGAAUCUGAUUUACGAAAUAUAAAAAUUCAUCGUGAAGAUGAAAAUCGUAGAUUUAAUCAUGAAUUAGAAGAAUUAAAUAGUGAAAUAGCAUCAUUAAAAACAAAUGAAAUAUCUCUAUUGAAUAAUAUUGAUGAAUUAAAAUCCAAUCUUUCAAAUGUAACAAGUGAACGUAAUGAAAUACAUGAACAAAAUGAAAAUUAUCAAAAUGAACUUGAAAAAAUUCAAAAAGUUCUAUAUAAUGAAACUGAAGCUGGUUCAAAAUCUGCAGCAAAAGUUGUAUUAUUAACACGACAAUUAGAUGAAGAACAAAAACGUGCAACAGAUGCAAUCCAUCAAGCGGAAGAUAUAAAAAUACAAUUAAAAAGUUCAUUAAUGACAAAUGAUACAUUAAAAACUGAACUUAAUCAAGCACGCUCAGUUAUACAAGAACAUAUUGUUAAAGAAACAGAAUUAAAACAAGUUGUGAAUCGAACGGAAUCAUUAGUAGAAGAAAAUGCUCAAACAUUAGAAAGUCGACAACGUGAAAUAGAAUCACUCAAUCAUCUUUUAUCUCGUCUUCAAAUUGAUUAUGAAAAAUCGAAAAAUGAUUUAUCGAAAGCACAUGAUGAAUUAGUUCAACAUGAAAUUGAUAAACAAAUAUUAAAACAACAUUCAACUGAAAAAACAAAUGAAUUAUCAACAGUAACGAAUCGUUUACAUCAAGUUCAACAAGAUUUUCAUUCAUAUGAAAAAGAACAUCGAUAUACAAAUGAAGAAUUUUUUGAACAUGAACAAAGAUUAAAAUCAGUUGAAAAUGAAUUAUCAACAAUGAUUAUUAAUCAUGAAAAACUUCGAGAUGAACAUGCUGUAUUAAAUGAUGAUUUAAAUAAAUGUCGAUAUGAUCUUGAACAAAUGGAAUUAUCAGAUAAUUCACAUAAAGAACGGUUAAUACAAUCAUUGGAUGAAGCAAAAAUUUAUAAACGAAAAUUAACUUUACUUGGUAAUUGUUUUAAAACUGUUGUUCGAAAGGCAUCUGAAACAAGUGAACAAUGGGUUAUUAGUACAUCGAAACUACAUGAACAAAUAACUGAUUUAAGUGAAGAUGCAAAUAAACUUCGUACACUUGAUGAACGUCUUGAACAAUCAACAAAAAUGUUAACACUUUUACGUAGUCAACAUGAAGAUUUAAUUUUACAAUUUAUGGCUGUUAAACCUGUUCUUGAAAAAGCUUAUUUAUAUGUUCGAGAAUAUAAACGUAAAUGGUCUCAAACAAGUAAUGAAAAUCGUCAUUUACGUUCAGAAACAAAACGUAUGAGAAGUAAAAUUGAUGAUUUUCAUCGAGCUGAAGGUUUAAUGCAUACGAAAAUUGAUGAACAAGAAGCUACCAUUACACAAUUACGUAAAGAACUCAAUAACGAAGCACAAACUCAUUUCGAAGCUGAAACACUUAUUGAACGUUUAAAACAUACAUUAGAUGAUACAGUACAUGAACGUGAUCAAUUAAUUAAAAAUAUGACAAAUGCUAAUAAAAAAAUUGAGAAAUAUGAAAGUGAUAUUGAUACACAUACAAAUGAAAUUCGUACAUUAAAUCAACAAGCACAAAAAUUUGAAAAACAAUUAACAAAUACAUAUGCACACAAUGAAACAUUACAAAAAACAUUACAACAAAAUGAAUCAUCCUAUCAUGGAAAAAUCAAUGAAUGCGAAUCAUUAUUAAUAUCAUUAAAAGAAGCAAAUAAAAAUUCAUUAAGUUUAUUAGAACAAAAAAAGACUGAAUUAAAUGCAGCACAAUCAGAAUUACAAGCAUUCAAAUAUCAACAAGCGGCAACGACUUCAAAGUUUGAAAAAGUUGAAGAAAUGAAUCAAGAAUUAAAACGACAUAUAUCUUUACUUGAACGAUCAAAUGAAGAAUAUAAACGUUUAGCACGAAAACGUGAACAUGAAGUAGAACAAGUUAAAAGUGAAUUUGAAACUAAUGUUAAAAAUGCAUCAACACUUAAUAAUAAAUGUACAAAACAAGAUGCAGAACUAAAUGUUCUUCGUCUUGAAAAUGCUUCGUUAAAUGAAGAAUUGAAAUUAAUGCGCGAAAAUGUUGUUCGUUGUCAAGAAGAACAAAAACGUUUAAGAAAGGAUUGUGAUCAAGCAUUAAAUUUUAUUCAUGAAGGCAUUCCAGAAUUGUGUUUGGAUGAUAGCGAUACGAAUAGUCGAAGUGGUUCAUUACAUGAUAACUUAAAGAAGAUUCCAACAUUAAUGCAACAAUUAACAGGUGAUAGAGACAAUUUAAAAACAAAAAAUGCACUUUUGCAACAAUUUGUUCGUGGUCUUUCUUAUGAUCUUAAUGGUUGUCAGAAUGGUCAAAAAAAAUACAAGAUGCUUAAAGCACAUUCUAAACAACAACAAGUAUUAUUAAAUCAACUCGAAGCUCAUGUUCGAUUUUAUGAAUCUGUUUUCAAAGAAAAAGGUUUCUUUCCAGCAAUUGAAUAUCAAUCAGGUGGAGCAGUAGCUUCAGCACCUGAUGUUAUCGAUAAAAUUCAUCAUCGACGAAAUUAA